GUCAAGCAUCUGGGGUCGCGCUCACAUAUAUUAAACUGAUGCGCACUAAUGCGCACACUGGCACAUCUGACGCGCGCCUGUGGUUACGCGUCUAUCAUGGUGGUACGCGUUUGAAUCGAGGAUUAUUAUUUUAAAAAGACUCCGAUCGUGACUAUAACGGACAUCUACUGCUUAGUGCGCUUGACAGUUUGUAAUUCCCCUUGUUUGCUGUAUAUUAUCAUUGCUCUGACGCCUCUUACGCGUUCUGAUUUCGCACAAGUUUUUAUUUUUGAGUUGGAAUUGAUUCUCGGACACAUCGCUUUCGGAGAUUUCUAUCAGUCGGACGGCGGUCCUCUUGUAUGGAUGUAGUGAGUCGGACUGAGUCGGACCGAUCCGGGGGUUCCAGACGCGCUUCCCCGAGAUUCCCCAGCAGCAUCACCGUCCAGCCGAGCGCAUCCAGCAGCAGGCGACAUGAUCCUUCUGGGAAUACUUCUAAAUCUGUUCGUCAUUAAGGGGUCUGUCUCCUCUGUGGUGCCGGUGUUCCCUGAAUCUGUGGGCUGUUUGGAGGCUCUUCAGGACUGCAUGAUGGAGCCGGAGUGCAAGCGUCAGUUCCGGCACCUGGAGUACUGCGUGGACGAGGAAGCGGUAGCUCCACUGAAUCUGGAAGCGCAGCAGGGCUGCGUCGAUUCCCAGAACACCCUCAUGCGCUACCAGUCCCUGCAGGACUGCAAGUGUCAGCGAGGGGCUCGCAUGGAGCAACAGUGUCUGAGCAUUUACUGGACCAUCCGCUUUCCACAGGGUUAUGAUGACAUUGAGACGUCCCCAUAUGAAGACAUUGAACUGGAACUUGUGAGAAACACUGAAACAUCAAAACUGGCCUCCAUAGUUUCAGUGUCGUCCCUUCCUCUGACGGAUCAGAACCAGUGUCUGAAAGCCGCUCAGGACUGUGGGCUGUAUGAGAAGUGUGGCUCCCUGCGCUCCGAAUACGCUUUAGCUUGCACUAAGAUCUCACCCAACACAAACCACUGUAACCGACACAAAUGUCACCGAGCCCUGCGGAGGUUCCUGGAGCGCGUUCCUGAGGAGUACAGCUUUGGUGUCUUAUUUUGCCCCUGCUCGGAUACUCUGUGCGGAGAGAGAAGGAGAAAAACCAUUGUGCCCUCCUGUUCCUACGAGGAGCGAGACGGACAGCCAAACUGCCUUCAUCUGGAGAGCUAUUGCCUCAAAGACAACCUGUGCAGGUCAAGACUGGCUGAUUUCCAGCAGAACUGUCAGCCGUCCUCCGUCUCUCCCUCCGGCUGUCUCCGGGAUAGUGGAGCCGUGUGCCUCAAGGCCUACGCUGGGCUCAUCGGUACCAUCAUGACACCAAACUACGUGAGUAACAGCAGUACAGAGGUGUCGCAGUGGUGUAAUUGCGAAGGCAGCGGGAACCAGUGGCAGGACUGCCUGCGUAUCCUGUACAUGUUCAACAGCAACACUUGUCUUCGUAAUGCUAUUGAUAAUAUGGGAAGCUCCACCCCUCGUCCUGUAGAGGGCACACCCCUUCCUCCACCACGCCCCUCCCCUCAGGUCCAGCGUGAUGAGCUGAACAUCAACCUGCUGCCUGAACCCAAUGCAGUUGAAGAAAGCGAAGAAGUAGAAGAAGAAGAGCAAGAAGAGGAGGAAGAGGAGGAGGAAGAAGAAGAAAACCAAGCCGGUGGAGGAGGCUUCAACGUCAUCCCUCCGUUCUCAGACAAAGCGACAGUCACUAACCUGGGCUCUGAGGCCGGAAGAGUCCACAGCUCAGCCUCCACCUGCGACGUCCCUCAAGUCCUACUUGCCAUUCUGCUGCUCAUCACUUUCCGCUGGGAGUAGAAAACCAUCACACACAUACACAGACACACACAUUCAAAAACACUUCCUCCUGAAGCACUCGCUCACCUUCAGACUCUAAGACCAAUCAUCAAGGGAUGACAAGAACGACAAACCCAAUGGACAACCGUUCUUCUCUCCCUCUUUCAUUCAUUCAUUCUUUUUCUCCUUCUCGGGAAGAGGGUGUGCUAUGGUUAUAGCUGCUUGUCCAUCAUUAGGGAAUCGCUUUCUGAAAGGAGCACCUCACCUGAAUCAUUUGAAUCACUCAGAAGAUUCGCGACUCCUCGGACUGACUCAAAGCCGACGGUAACCGAAUGACCCAUGUAUCUCUUAUAUAACGUCUGUGUGUGCUUCAGAAAAGUGAGGGAAAACACUGCAUUUUUCCCGCAUUCAGAAAACCCGCCGUGUUUAUUGUCGCUGAUCAUGUUGUUGUGUAUGAAUCGAGUGUGUUUGUAAGUACGUGAUUCGCUGGAGAAAAAAGACGAAAACAAAACACGUCGAGCACGAAUCUUUCGUUUGUCAUGCCUCCGUGUUUCACGAGUCAGGCCACACACCUAAUCACACACACAUACACAUACACACACUCUCCUCUGGCCUGCUGCGGAGCCGAUCGCGCAGAUGCAAGCUCUUUUCAUUUAUUGCUCUAUCUGCGAUGUGCUUUCAUUUUUUUGACUCAGCACAGACUGUGCACUCUAACCAGGGGCAUAAAUAAAAAAACACGUCCGCGAACAGAGAAAAAAACAUGAGUAAUAAAGCCCAAAAUAAAGAAAUAAACACUCUAAAUAAAUAAAUAUCUCUCCACACAGCAGGUGUCGGAGUCCGGUCUGGGUUUAGAACCCGAGGGUAAGAAACGGGAAGUCAUUUUCUAAACCGCCUGUCGCCUCGCACCUCUCCCUGUGCCUGUUGUUUUACUUUCACAGAGAUAAUGGCUUACAACACAAACUGUUUAUCUUGUUGUGUGUUCACGGAGACGAAUUACUCGUGAUGGGAACGAAAUCGAAAAAAAAAGAAGAGAGAGAUCAAGGCAAAGAACAGACGGAGACGAGGAGGAGACUCAAACCCUCCAGCUAAGAAAAAAACUAACAAACAAACAUACAGUCUAGAAUCACAUCCUUUUUUUCUGUUUCUUAUAAAUCUUUUGCUGACACAGAUGCUUUUUUUCUCAAUCUCGUUUCUUUCUUUCGCUCUCGUUGAUGUCCGUGGAAGUGUGUGUGAGAGAAAGAGGGUGCACUUGUAGAGAAUUCGAUCAAGAACUUACUUCUCAAGCGGUAAUGGAGUGUGUUCAGUAGGUGUGCAGUAUACAACAUUCAGCCCCUUGUUCCCUGUGGACUGUGAGAAAGUUAGCGCGCUAGGAUAAUUCAAAAUGUAACAGAGAAGAAUAUUGAGGUGUAAAUAACCAAAGUAGAGAUUCUUUUUAUUUAGCUUGCACAUUUAAACAUUCACAAAAGCCAUUUUUUUAGAUAAAAUGCUAGGUUUUAUGUAUAAUUCAAAAACCCUCAUUAGCGACAGCAACUUGUUACUUCUGCUCAUGCACAUAUACAAGAGAUUGAAUGUUAAUAGGUUUCCACCAGCCUGUGUGAAUGCGCAUUUUGAAGUAUCGCAUGAAAAACGAGUGACGGAAACACCACAUUUCGAAUAAAAAUCCCUUAAUGCGCAAAUAAGUUGGUUUUAUAUUUGAGCGAAGAAGGUUUAAUGUGAAUAAUUGGAAAUGGAAAUGCAUUUGCAAAAUAAAUUCUGAUGUACCAAACAUUAAUCCCACAUGAUCAAUCAGCUGUCUCCAUUUUGCUUGUUUACUGCUGGUUACUAGGUUACCAAUACUACAGUCAGUCCCUCUAACAAUUUGACUUUCAAUGUUAAAAUCAUUUCACAAAACCCCCAAAGAGACUCUGCAAACUUUUGUUAAUUCUGCCGCAGCAUUAAUCAACUUGCUUUCAGAUGUUUGUUUUGAGAGUGUCAGGCAACCAGACACAUUCACUCUCCUCAUUUCUCCUCAGGAUGAAAAUAAAACUCAACUAUCAAUGUUAAAACCAUGACACA